AUGUUUGAUACGUCGCCGAAAGAACCUCUGAGCAGCAGCAGCAGCCCGCGUAACUCGCCGUUUUUGCCCAGACCUUCCUUCGAGGAAGAACCGGUUGAUCCCGAGUUUACCGACAAUGUUCGAGUUAAAGUGGUCAGCCUACUGCUGUUCUUGUUCUUCUAUGGUAUUUCCUACAAGAUCAUACGGUACUACAAGACGUUGAACGUUGACGAUGAGCUCUUUGCUGGCAAGAAUGAUUUCUACGUUUACCGGAUCACGGUAUGGAUUUGUUCGUUUUCGUUGGCGAUUUCCCUCUGCUCGAUCAUUCUGGUGCCUUUCUCUCUUCUCGGCGUCGAAUUGCUGGUUAGUCACGCCGGAAACUACUAUCUGCAAUGGUACAACUGGCCGCUGAUCACCUUUCUCUGGCAAUGGGUCUUCACGCUGUCGAAUGUAUCUCUCUUCGUCCUCCUGCCGUUCUCCUACUUUUUCCUGGAAAGCCAUGGCCUCGGGCGGGAUACGAGCCUGAUUGGGCGCGUGUAUGAAGCUAUGGCGAUAUCUGUUGUGCUAAUUGUCAUCGCUUUGUGCUCGUGCGAACUACUCUACUAUUUCUCUGCGGCACCGUCGGAUUUGACGAUCUUUGAGAUCUUUUCGGUCUUCACAAUUAUUUACGUUGACCUGCCAUUCCUCUACUCUUGCGUGUCUCUGCUAGGUGCCUUGGCCUUCAUGGCGUCGAUUCCGUAUGGCUAUUCGUCUUUGUUCCGCACUAUUGCCGCAAGAAACGAGGAGGAAAAUUAUUUCCGCAACUACGGCUACGUCAAGCCCCACCGGGAGUCUUACGGAACUGCGGAAGACAACAACCCUCGGUGGCUGCUUUGCAAUCGACAGGGUUUUGAUUAUCCCGUGUGCAAUGGCGACACUCAAAACCCCGAGUUGCCGCUCUGGAAGAAGUUCGCACAACGAUAUCCGGUAGUGACCUUUUAUCUACGCUCCUACUUGCCAACGUUGCAACGGGGACUCCUCACUGGCCUGCUGCUCAUCACCGUCAUUUUUGCCGGCUCCAACGUUUUGAAGAUGGCGACUGGUUUUCGGGCUCUGCCAGGAUAUGAGGUUUAUGUCAACGAGGCGAAGAGCAAGGUGGUGUUCGGCUUAUAUGGCGCGAUGUUCGAAACAGUGAUCAUCUUCGCCUUGAUGGUCGUUGCUCUCCACGGGUUCUAUCAAAUGUCGAUCGGCCGGGCAAUUCGUCCAGUGAAGUGUGGUACAUCUAUGACGUGCGUCAUCUUUAAUUGCUCAAUACUGGUCUUCUUUUCUUCUGCUUUGCCAGUAGCGACAUGUAUUUUGGGUGUCACCUCUUUCGACCUACUUGGCUCUUUCGGAACUUUGGCCUGGUUGUCGUCUUUUCCAACGGUCUUCAUGUACAACGUGGUGUUUAUUGGUGCUUCAUUUUGGACCCUCAAAAGGGAAUUGAAGAAUGCUGAUGUAGUAAAACUGCGUCGCAAU